CCCCACCGCGCGCCAGGAGUGCGCAGGCGCGCCGACCGCCGAGUUUUCUGCACUUCCUUCUCCCUCUGUCCAGACGUCGUGGGUGUUCGGUCUUAUGUCGCGCCGGGCCCUCCGGAGGCUCAGGGGGGAACAGCGCGGCCAAGAGCCCCUCGGGCCCGGCGCCCUGCAGUUCGAUCUCCGUGAUGAGGAUGACGCGGAAGAAGAAGGGCCCAAGCGGGAGCUGGGUGUCCGGCGCCCCCGGGGCGCAGGGAAGGAGGGCGUCCGAGUCAACAACCGCUUCGAGCUGAUAAACAUUGACGACCUUGAAGAUGACCCUGUGGUGAACGGGGAGGGGUCUGGCUGUGCGCUCACAGACGCUGCGGCACCAGGGCACAAAGGAAGGGCUCAGCGUGGAAACACAGAGAGCAAGACGGAUGGAGACGUCGCCGAGACAGCGCCCCCAGAGCAGUCUAAUGCAAGUGGCAAACUCCGGAAGAAGAAAAAGAAACAGAAAAAUAAGAAAAGCAGCACGGGAGAAGCAUCGGAAAACGGACUAGAAGACAUCGAUCGCAUCCUAGAGAGGAUGGAGGACAGCGCUGGGUGGAACCGUCCCGGCCCAGCUCCCCUGAGCUCCAGGAAGCACGUGCUCUACGUGGAGCACAGACACUUGAAUCCAGACACAGAACUGAAAAGGUAUUUUGGUGCCCGGGCAGUCCUGGGGGAGCAAAGGGCUUCGCUCUGUUGCCCAGGCUGGAGUGCUGGGAUCACAGGUGCAGGCCAUCACGCCAGGCUAAUUUUUAAAAUCCUUUGUAGAAGUGGGGUUUUGCUGUCUUGUCCAGGCCAGUCUCGAACUCCUGGGUUCAAGAAAUCCUCCCAUCUUGGCCUCUCAAAGUGCUGGGAUUACAGGCCACGGCAGAGACAACGCGUGUACCCCAAGUGCACAUGGCUGACCACCCCUAAGAGCACCUGGCCCCGGUACAGCAAACCAGGUCUGUCCAUGCGGCUGCUGGAAUCAAGAAAAGGCCUCUCCUUCUUUGCGUUUGAGCACAGUGAGGAGUACCAGCAGGCUCAGCACCAGUUCCUGGUGGCCGUGCAGUCUAUGGAGCUGAACAACAUCGUGGUUCUGCUCCAGACAAGCCCUUACCACGUCGACUCGCUCCUGCAGCUCAGCGAUGCCUGCCGCUUUCAAGAGGAUCAGGAGAUGGCUCGAGACCUCGUAGAGAGAGCGCUGUACAGCAUGGAAUGUGCGUUCCACCCCCUGUUCAGUCUCACCAGCGGGGCCUGCCGGCUGGAUUACCGCAGACCCGAGAACAGGAGCUUCUACCUGGCCCUCUACAAGCAGAUGAGCUUCCUGGAGAAGCGAGGCUGCCCGCGCACAGCGCUGGAGUACUGCAAGCUCAUCCUGAGUCUCGAGCCGGAUGAGGACCCCCUCUGCAUGCUGCUGCUCAUCGACCACCUGGCCUUGCGGGCCCGGAACUACGAGUACCUGAUCCGCCUCUUCCAGGAGUGGGAGGCUCAUCGGAACCUGUCCCAGCUCCCAAAUUUUGCCUUCUCCGUUCCACUGGCGUAUUUCCUGCUGAGCCAGCAGACAGACCUCCCUGAGCAUGAGCGGAGCUCUGCCAGGGAGAAGGCCUCUCUCCUGAUACAGCAGGCCCUCACCAUGUUCCCUGGAGUCCUCCUGCCCCUGCUUGAGUCCUGCAGCGUGCGGCCCGACGCCACCGUUUCCAGUCACCGCUUCUUUGGACCCAACGCUGAGAUAAGCCAGCCCCCUGCCCUGAGCCAGCUGGUGAGCCUGUACCUCGGGAGGUCACACUUCCUGUGGAAGGAGCCAGCCACCAUGAGCUGGCUGGAGGAGAACGUCCACGAGGUUCUGCAGGCAGUGGACGCCGGGGACCCAGCCGUGGAAGCCUGUGAGAACCGGCGGAAGGUGCUGUACCAGCGUGCACCCAGGAAUAUCCACCGCCAUGUGAUCCUCUCUGAGAUCAAGGAUGCCGUUGCUGCGCUGCCCCCGGACGUGACCACACAGUCUGUGAUGGGGUUUGACCCUCUGCCUCCUUCGGACACAAUCUACUCCUACGUCAGGCCAGAGAGGCUAAGUCCCAUCAGCCAUGGAAACACAAUUGCGCUCUUCUUCCGGUCACUGUUGCCAAACUAUACCAUGGAGGGGGAGAGGCCCGAGGAAGGAGUGGCUGGGGGUCUGAACCGCAACCAGGGCCUGAACAGGCUGAUGCUGGCUGUACGCGACAUGAUGGCCAACUUCCACCUCAACGACCUGGAGGCGCCGCACGAGGACGACGCUGACGGGGAGGGGGAGUGGGACUGAGCGUCCACAGAGGUGACCGAAAAGCCGUAUGAUGAUGUUCCUGAUUUCUGUGCUGGUCGGAAUCGGCCAGUUGCCUGAAGUAGGGAUGCUGACUGGGUCGCUACCUGGUCCACUGUUUCUCCUAUAAAUGUAAAUGGGUCACGC